GGUCGGUUCGGUGACUAUGGUCGCCGCUUUGUUCCCGAAACGUUAAUGGCUGCGCUGGACCAGCUGUCUGAGGAAUAUGAACGGGCCAAGAAAGAUCCCGAUUUCGAGGCACAGCUUGAUCACCUGCUGCGAACCUAUGUUGGUCGGGCCAGCCCACUUUAUUUCGCUGAACGGCUCACGGAGCAUUGUGGUGGUGCCCGCAUCUAUUUCAAAAGAGAGGAUCUGAACCACACCGGCGCACACAAAAUCAAUAACACCAUCGGUCAGGCCUUGCUUACCUUGCGGAUGGGUAAGCAGCGAGUGAUUGCCGAAACUGGAGCCGGUCAACAUGGUGUCGCGACGGCGACUGCCUGUGCUCGCUUCGGUCUCGAUUGCAUUGUCUACAUGGGUGAAGAGGACAUCCGGCGGCAGAAGUUGAAUGUCUUUCUCAUGCGGAACAUGGGAGCUGAAGUUCGCGGAGUCAGUUCGGGAUCCAAGACGCUCCGGGAUGCCAUUAACGAGGCGAUGCGUGACUGGAUGGGAUCUGUUGAAUCGACACACUACAUCCUCGGUUCGGUCGUUGGUCCUCAUCCAUUUCCAAUGAUCGUACGUGACUUUCAGUCGGUCAUCGGCAAAGAGACUCGUGAGCAAUGCCUGGAAUCGCUGGAUCGUCUGCCAGAUGAAGUCAUUGCCUGUGUCGGAGGAGGUUCCAACGCUGCUGGAAUGUUCUAUCCUUUCAUUGAAGAUUACGAUGUGAAGUUGACAGGUGUGGAAGCGGGAGGUCGAGGCAACAACCCUGGAGAUCAUGCCAGCCCGCUGACUUAUGGUUCUCCCGGUAUCCUGCAUGGAAGUUACAGCUACGUCAUGCAAAAUGCGGAUGGACAGACCGAAGAUGUCCAUUCCAUCUCAGCUGGUCUGGAUUACCCGGGUGUCGGUCCCGAGCACAGCUACUGGAAAGAUACAAAGCGGGUCGAUUACACCGUUGCCAAUGAUGAUGAAGCUCUGGCGACUUUCCAACUUGUCGCAAAGAUGGAAGGGAUCAUUCCGGCAGUCGAAAGUUCACACGCAGUUGCUCAUGCCAUGAAGGCGACGCAGGAUGUCAUCAAAGCACUGGCUCAGGCAAAUGUCGAUCUGAUUGAGAUUGGCUUCCCGUACAGCGAUCCCAUUGCGGAUGGUCCCGUGAUUCAGGCCUCUUACACGCGAGCCCUCGAUGCGAAAGUCACCGUGCCUGGUAUUUUUUCUGCCAUCGCUGAACUGAAUGAAGAAGACCUGCCGCCACUCAUCGCGAUGGUCAGCUACGCGAUUAUUUUCCGAACAGGAUUGGAGCAGUUCCUCGAUCAUUGUUCGCAAUCAGGAAUAUCUGGAUUGAUCAUCCCCGACCUGCCUGGUGCUGAAGCUGAAGAGGUUUUCGGGAAGGUCCGUGCAGCGGGACUCGAUCUGAUCCAACUCGUCGCUCCUACAACACCACGUGAGAGAGUCAAAGAGAUCAUUAAAUGCUGCUCAGGUUUCGUCUACUGUAUUGCAGUUGCAGGAACCACCGGCGAGAGGCAGCAUGUCGCAGAUGCCUUACUUAAGCAACUUCGGUGGUUGAAGGAAGAGACUGACCUGCCAUUGGCCGUCGGCUUUGGUAUCAGCAAACCGGAGCACGUAGCCCCUCUGCGGGGGCUGGCCAAUGGUGUCAUCGUCGGCUCGGCAAUUGUCCGCGAAUUUCAGAAGGUCGCUGACAAAGAGAUCGAUCGAGGGCA